AUGGACGAUGAAGAUGGAGCUCGUGAGAUAAGAGAAGAGACUAGUCGAGUUAACGAUCGCUUCUUCAUAGCGGUUUCGCUCGCCAUUCUCACCGGAAUCUGCAAACGUGCUUCUGAUUUUGACGUUUCAGAUCCGACGGAGACGACCAAGAACGGACACGUCGCGUUCUACUGCGCGUCAGAGCUCAACAAGUUAGCCGAUAUGUGUUUUACGUUUGCGAGUAUCAGAAUCGCUAUAGCCAUGCUCAGUGUCACGUUUGCGCCGGUGGCGAUGCGGAGGCUACGAGAAGAGUCGGACAUGAAACUGAUGAUUGGUUCUAUUUGCCUAGUGCUCUCGCUCUGUUUCUCGGCUUAUCUCCGAUGGUUCGUCGUCGGAUGA